AUGAUAAAUUCAACUAAGAUUUCAGUAUUGAAGCAUAAAAAAAAAGAAUUGCUUAAAACAAAGUGGCCUUACUUUAUAAAUUUAUGUCGGCUCCAAAUAUUUUUGGCUUUAAUACAGUUAUUGAUCAAUUUCUUAUUAAUUGGAUCAAUUAAUAAUUACGAAACUUUCCUUAUUGAUACAGGAAUAUCUCUAAUAAUAAAUAUUAUUGAUAGAUGUUUUUUAUGUAGACUUAACAACAGAAGGAAAUUUAGAGUAAUCAUCCUAUUAAAUUUCUUUUAAGGUAUAUAUAUUGGAAUUUCAGAGAAAUUUAUACAUGAUAACGAAUUAUUGUAAUUCAACCAACCCUUCUUAAUACAUUUUAUGACUAAAAUAAUGUGGAUGGUUGCUUUAAUCAGUACACAACCCCUUUUUACUUGUAAGAUAAUAAUCUUUCUAUUUUAUUAUUUCAUCAUUUGUUACUCUGUAUAAUUAUGGAAGACUACACUAUACGAUCUCAUUAUCGUUAUACUAAUAUUCAUAUUCUACACAGUUCAAGAGGAGGAGAAGUUCAGAAGGCUCAUUUGCAAUUAAAUAAUUCCUGAAUAAAUCAUAAGUUAACUCCCAUAGCCGAUAUUCUUAAUUGACUUAUCCACUCUUGAAUUUGUCAUCUACAAUGAUAUGUUUAAAUAAUAUCUUAAUUCCCAAAAAUACGAAUCUGAUAUCACUUCUACUAAGAAGAUGUUAUCGCAGUUUUAAUCUUAUGGAAACUAAUAAGUAUUUAAUAUAAUAGAUGCUGAAAGACUGAAUUUGUUUGAAACAAUCUAGAUAAUCAAAAUCUAAGGUCAAGUGAUCACCUAAAAUCUGAAUUAUCAAUUUAUUCUAAAUGAUAAGGAAGUUUAUGAUGUGCGAUUCCACAACAAUAUUAUGUAUAACGAAAAGAGAUGUUUAUUGGUUUGUCUAUCAGAUAUUUCAGCGAUAAUUGAAAAAACUAAACUCUCAGAAAGAACCAUUCUGAAAAGUAAACUAAUCAAAUCCUUAUCACAUGAAUUGAGAACUAGGAAGAACAUUAUUCAAGGUUUAUUGAAACUAUAUUUGGAUAAAAAUAAUGACGAUUCAAAUAAAGAACUGAUUUGUCAAGCCUAUAACAAUUCAAAGAUAGAAUCCAAUAUCAUUAGUUCAAUCAUAAAUUACAAUUUAUGUCUUGAUAAUUAAGUCAUUAUCAAAUAUCAAUUUGUUAAAGUCAACGAAAUCUUAGACAAAAUUAUUGAUAAUUUUAAAUAUGAAAUUAACUCCAAAUAAAUCAAGAUCCUAGACAAUUACCAUCCAGAAGAUAAUCAUUCUUUAUUUACUGAUCCAGAUAUAUUUGAAUAGAUAAUUACUAAUAUUGUAAGCAACUCUAUAAAACAUUGUGAUAAGCAGAAUUAAUCAAUAUUAUCCAUAUCUAUUUGUAAAGAGACCAAUCCUAUUGCAAAUUCAAUUCCAAUUCCAAAUCCAAACAAUCCUUAUAUACCCUACUUGUUAAAGAUGUCAAACUGCUCUUCAUUUUAAAGUUUACAAGAAUUACAUAUCCCUUAAUUAGAGAGAACAUUAAAUAUAAAAAUAGUAGAUAAUGGAUCUGGAAUUAAUACCUAAAAACUCAAAUUGAUAGAAGAAAUUUUAAAUAAUGAUAAUUAUUACUAAUUCACCACAUCAUCAUCUGACGGGUUCUAUUUAGGUUUAAGAUCAUGUAAUCUACUUCUCUAAAAAUUAAAUUAAGAGACAAAAGUAAAUAUUCACAUUCGCUCAACAGAAUAUGAAGAAACGGAAGUGGUAUUGAAGUUUCUAAUUCAUAAUUAAACCAAAGAGUACGAAUAAUCUAUAGAAUCAGAGGAUUGUAUUCAGUAAAUAAAGAUUUAGAAGAAGCUCCAAAAUAAAUGUAAUUGUUUAAGGCAGAUUAUGAUUGUUGAUGAUGAACCCUUUAACAAUCUUGUAUUGGAGCAAAUUCUGAGGUCUCUUAAUUUCAAGGUGAUUAAAGCAGAGAAUGGAUUGGAAGCUUUGAGUUUAUAUAGGGAAUAAUAUAAUCUUUGCGAAAUGGAGGAGUGUAAAUUGUUUUAUGCUAUUUUUAUGGAUUAUCAAAUGCCUAUAAUGAAUGGGUUGGAGAGUACGAAAGCUAUAAUUGAGGAAUGCAUAAAAUUAAAAUAAAUUUAAACCAAUAUUAUUGGAUGCACAGCAUUUUCUGCAACUGACGACAUCAAUGAGCUAUUGAAUGCUGGAAUGAAAAAUGUAUGCAUCAAGCCAAUUAAUAAAGAUUCGAUAAAACGAAUAUUAUCUCAUUUAUAAUGA